UCCAUCUGCGACACCAGUGCCCGCUGCCUACUGCCGCCAGUGCCGGCUUCGGAUACCCUAGAGACGUCGGGCGUUCGCGGAUGGUGGCAGCGGAGAGAUCAUGACAGGGAAGAAAUCUUCCCGGGAGAAGCGGCGCAAACGUAGCGGCCAGGAGGCGGCCGCGGCGCUCGCGGCCCCGGACCUCGUCCCCGCCCUCGCCAGCGGCGGCAGCGGGAACACCAGCGGCUGCGGGAGCACCAGCGGCGGGGCGGGAGCAGCGCGGAGCGCAGCGAGCGCCGGAAGCGGAGGAGCACCGACUCGUCCUCCAGCGUCUCGGGCUCCGUGCAGCAGGAAACCAAAUACCUUUUGCCCACGUUGGAGAAAGAAUUAUUUUUGGCAGAGCACAGUGACCUUGAAGAAGGUGGACUAGACCUGACUGUGUCAUUAAAACCAGUUAGUUUCUAUAUAUCAGACAAGAAGGAAAUGCUUCAGCAGUGCUUCUGCAUUAUAGGAGAGAAGAAGUUACAGAAGAUGCUUCCUGAUGUGUUAAAGAACUGUUCAUUAGAAGAAAUUAAAAAACUAUGCCAGGAACAGUUAGAACUUCUGUCUGAAAAGAAAAUCUUAAAGAUUCUUGAAGGUGACAAUGGUAUGGACUCUGAUAUGGAAGAGGAGGCAGAUGAUGGCUCUAAGAUGGGAUCAGAUUUAGUCAGUCAGCAAGACAUCUCUGUAGAUUCUACUUCAUCCCUGAGAGAGAAUAAGCAACCUGAAGGUUUGGAAUUAAAACAAGGCAAAGGGGAAGAUAGUGAUGUACUCAGUAUAAACGCAGAUGCUUAUGACAGCGACAUAGAAGGUCCGUGCAAUGAAGAAGCAGCUGCUCCUGAGACCACAGAAAAUACAGUCCAGAGUGAAGCUGGUCAGAUAGACGACCUGGAGAAAGAUAUUGAGAAAAGCGUGAAUGAGAUUCUGGGACUGGCAGAGUCUAGUCCAAAGGAACCCAAAGCAGCCACCUUGACUGUUCCUCCACCAGAAGAUGUUCAGCCAUCCGCACAGCAGCUGGAGCUGCUAGAACUUGAGAUGAGGGCGAGAGCAAUUAAGGCCCUAAUGAAAGCUGGUGACAUAAAAAAGCCAGCCUAGUUGUUUGACUUCAGUGUGAAUUGUAGGUGUGUUUGAAGAAAGCUGCGUCGUAUAAUUUUGUAUUUGAAGUUUAUUUUGGGUCCUAUGUGAUAUUUCUCAUGUAACCAUUAUUAGGUAAACCCAUCUUAGGUCAAAAAUACCUAUUGUUUUCUUUCUUUUUAAAAAAUUACAUUUAGUUAUAGAUAUGUGUUACUGUCUUAUGAAUUCAUGGCAAAUGUAGUUGGAUAGCCUGGGUACUUAGUUAACGAAAAUAAAGCUAUGUCCGCAAAUUAAUAUCUUAAAAGCCAUUAACAGUCAUGCUAUAUUUUCUUUAUUUUUAAAUAUUUUGACCUCAAACCUAAAUGCUUAACAAAAAUUGACCAAGCAUGUUUUCCAAAAGCCACUUAUAUUUUGCAAUAAAAUGCUAAAUUAUGGCUCCUACUAGAUUUGUUACCAACUUUAAAAAUUUAGUUUUGCUCAUAUUCACUUUUACAAUAUGUACUAUUUUGAAGAUGCCUUCGGUGGGUUUAGGUUUCCUAGUUAAAACAGAAUAAAUUUUCAUUACAAGGCUUAGCUGUCUGAAAUGAAAGAAAAAAUGACUUAAUUUAAGGACUUUUGUAGAGACAAAUCAUUCUAGCAGCUAUUUGAUACUAUUGAAUAUUUUGUUUAAAUUUGUUUUUCUUCUAUAAAAAAAGCAAAUUUCAUUUACAUUCCAAGCUAUCAGGAAGAGGAAAAUAUUUUAUCAUACAAGAUUUCAGCUGGUGUUGUUGCUUAAAUAUCUGAUGUAUUAUAAUUCCAUGAAUCAAAAAUAAUAAAAGACUAUCAUUCUGAA